UGGACGGUUUAGUGUUCGGUUCUUGUGCGUCGGCUUUUUCAGAACAUUACGAAUCGGGCAAUUUCUCUGGCAGUGCAUUCAUUGUGUGUGUGCAUGUGUGUUGACGAAAGUGCUUCAACCGUUAUUAACUGUUAAAUUAAAAGCUCUUCUGCUCAUUGUGCCAAACAAUUGCAAGAAAUAGCUCUUCUCUUCUCUACUCGCAAAAUCAGCAGUGGCCACCCGCGCAGCUGACGCGACACACGACAAAGAAACAGACACAUAACCAAUUAGCAAUUAAAGAGGAGCAGCAAAAAUGGGUAAAGCUCAGAGCAAGCGUUCAAUUGAUAUCACCACCGAUCCGAAAAAGGUUGGCGAGGGCGACGAAGUCGCUGGCAAAGUUGAGAAAAUUGAAGAUGUCGAUCAGACGUCGGCGCCGCCCGCAUUAAAUGGCGAUGCGGCAACGACAAAGGAAAAGAGUCCCGGCGGCAGCGAGGAUGCAGCGGGCGCCGCAGAGAAAAAGGAGACCGAAGAGAACUCUGAAAACGACAAAGAUUUAACCACCGAGAAAAAAACUGCAGAUGCUGAUGUCGCCGCCGGUGAUGCGUCUGCUGAAUCUGCUAAAGAUGAGGCAGUCGCAGCCUCGGGCUCGCUCAAGGAGGGCAGCGGUGCCGAGGAAAUCUCACCUCUGGCCGAUGAGAGCAUCAAGUCCAAGUCCAAGAAGGAUAAGGUGAAAAAGAAAUGGUCAUUCCGAAGCAUAUCGUUUGGCAAAAAGGACAAACAGAAGCCAGCCAAGACAGAGGAGCCUGCCUCGCCAACUGCAGCAGCGGCCGCCGGCGUCGAGUCAGCGCCAACGAAUGGCGAGGCGGAGCGGCCAGCAGAAGCCGAAGGAGCAGCAGGAGCACCAGAAGCAGCUGCCGCAGACAAACAAGAGCAAAGCGCGGACGCAGCACCUGCAGAUGCGGCGACCAAGGUUGAAUCGAAACCCACCGAAAAUGGUGCAGCCAGCAGCGAACAGGAAAAGCAACCACAGGAGCCACAGGCGAACGGAACUGACAAGAUAUCCGCGCCAGCAGUUAGCGAGGAGCCAGUCAAGUCGGAAACUACACCAACCACCAACACCACCGAGUCGAAGGUUGAGGCUGUCGAGCAGAUCGCUGUGCCGGAGCCCGUCAGUAGCAACGAUACCACCGAAGCUGUUACCAACGGUCAUGGCGCAGUCGAGCCCGUAUUGACCAAUGGCGACAAGAACGGUUUGGCUGAAUCCCCAACCGAGCCGGAGGCAGCAGCAGCAGCAGUAACAGGCAACAGUGUGGGUGAGGAGCCGCCGCAUCAUCAGAACGGCGGCACAAAUGGAGUUGGCGAGAACAAUGAGACUGCCACGCCACCGCCAACACCUGUCGCCGAGUCCGAGUCCGAGGCCGAGCUAAUUAAGAACAAGUCGCAAAUCGAGGACGAAGUGCAAGCCGACGCCGACGCCGACGCCGACGUUGACGCCGAGGAAGAACAAGUGGUUGCCGCUAUUAUAGCGGCUGUUAGUGAGCCUUCCGAUUCCGAGGGUUUUGUUUUUAUUGCACCUCCCGCUGAAAGCGAGCCCCAGGCUGAGCUCGUACCCGAAACGGCUGUGGUUUGUGUUUCCCCUGUGCCCAAACUAGAACUUGAAUCCGACGCAACAAUUAUAUGCGUCCCAGAGCCCAAUCCCGCUGAUGCUGAUGUCUUAGUUUCUGUUGCGGCUAGCGCCGAGGCCAAUGUGGUUACAGUUGAGUUUAGUCAGCCACCACCACUGCCCAAGUCUCCGCCGCCGUCGCGUGUUUCGGCAUUUGCAUUGACCACAGACGAUGAGACGCACGACAACGACGAUGACGACAGCUUCGUGAACAUCGAGCAGGCAAAGCAGAAGGACAUUGAUGCACCACCAGCCACAGCGGAGGAUGGUCCACUUUUGGCCGAUAUUGAACACCAGGCGCAUGCAUUUGUUGAGGAAAUAACCGAGCAGGCGGCCGAUAUCGUAACGGAACAGGACAAGCAGAAGGACGAAAUUCUAGAGAACAUCAGUGAGGAGCAAAUGAGUUCUGCCGUAAAGAUUGUUACCGAUGUUGAUGACGACGAUGAUGAUAACAUUGAGACGGAGGCGGAGGAGCAACUGAAAAAACCAGAGCAGGUUGAUGAUGAAAAGCUGGUGGAACAGCCAGAGAUAAUUUGCGAUGAGAAAGCGAAUGAUGAUGUGGCUGAGGACAUCAUCGAGGCAGGGGAUAUUGCUGAACAGCCGGAUGUUAUCAGCGAGAAAAUCAGCGCUGUUGCAGAUGAUCUCAGCUUGCGGGGGAACGAUAGCAAGGUGACAAUUGAAAGUGUGCCGGAGCUGGAGGAUAUGCAAAUAAAUAGCGAUGACGAUACCGAUAACGAUAACAAUAAAAUGAUCAGCAGCGAUAACAGCAGCAGCAGCAUAACAAAGCUGGAUGCAUACGUGGACAUAAAAGAUGCUGCUCAUCUUGAGGAUAUCGCCAAGGAUCUAAAGGAGAAGAACGCCGCGGCAGAUGUUACAACACAGGACCUGCCCGUGACAUGCGAAUAAUACUAAUAAUUAUUAUAUAUAUUACAUAUUAUUAAAAAACCAACAAAAAAUAAAAAAAAAAAAAAAACAAGAAAAAAAUGAUAAAAGCAAAUAAGAAAACAACGCAACGUAAAACCAACAAUUAAAUGAUAAACAAGAGAGCAAAAAAAAGCAAAAUACAUUUUUAACAUUUACAUAUUUUAAUCAUUUUUGUACGAAUUUCAUAUCCCUAAUCCAAGAUUACAUCAGCAUAUAUUCAAGAGCACGAAAAUACAGAAUAUAUGAAACACACCUAACACACCACACAACGAUCGCCACCAACACCAACUUCACCACCACCACCAACAACACCAACUUCAACUCCACCUCCAGCCACGCCCAUCGCCUACCAAUAGUCGAUUGAAACGGGUUUUCAAGUGUUGGUGCAACUGAAUUUUGAUGCUGGCAAUUUUGCAAUCACACGUAAAUUCGUAAAAUAAUCCAUCAACACGCAUUUAUAAGAAAUCACACACACAUAUACACACUCACACACACACGCAUACAUACCAUUGUCAUAUUGAUGAUCAUGAUAUAAAACAAAAAUCAUCCAUGAAAUGAUGAAAUUAAGAAUUUUUUGAAUAUUUUCUACUAUACAUUUAACUGUAAGUUCUAAGAAAUUUGUAAAGAAUUUUUGGACGAAAUAUUGGAUAAAUAUAUAUUAUAAAAUAUAAAACGCAAGUGUGCUCCACUAAAAACUGAACUUGAGCUUUGAUAUUGGAAUGGUUCGAAGAGCAAAAACUGCCUUCCACAAGAAAAACAAAUAAAAUAAUAAUAAUAAAUAUAUAUAGAUAUAAACAAAAAGGCAUGCAACAUUUCAAGUUUUAUAAACUUUUGAGUCCCGAUUUUAAUGCAUUACAAAAAGUAU